AAAAUUAAAUGGACGUGUUUUAGCAAUUGAUAACUGCAAUUUAUUUUCAUUAAGCUGUUAUGAAUUCAUAUCCGAAUUUGUUUGAACAAAUUUUUUCUUAAUAUAUAUAAUGCCUUGUUUUUAAUUUCCUAUAAAUACCCUUCACGGAUUGCUCAUUUUUCAUCCUUCACCUCCAAGCCUUUAUCCUAGAGAACCUAGCCAGAAACCAAAAUGGCGUGGUCCAAACUAGCACUUGCAUGCCUCAUCAUCGCAUCCUUUGCGUUGCCUUCAUUGGCCAAAACCUUGAAGCAAGAAUUCUUGGAUGCUCAAAAUGAAGCUCGAGCAGAGGUGAACGUCGAGCCAAUGACUUGGGAUGCCCAAGUGGCCGCCUACGCGCAAGAAUAUGCGAACCAGCGCAUUGGGGAUUGCGACCUUGUUCAUUCAGGCGGUCCAUACGGAGAGAACAUUGCAUGGGGUAGCGAUGACCUUUCGGUCGCGGAUGCAGUGAAAAUGUGGGUCGACGAGAAUCUCUAUUACGAUCACGGCUCGAACACUUGCGCCCCAGGCCAGGUUUGUGCCCAUUAUACUCAGGUGGUUUGGCGCAACUCGGUUCGUUUAGGGUGCGCCAAGGUAAGGUGUGACAAUGGAGGAACUUUCAUUACUUGCAACUAUGACCCUCCUGGCAACUACAUUGGGGAGACGCCUUAUUAAGACCUUUACUUUCAAAUUAGCAUCGAGUACCUAAGGAUGCGAUUCACCAAAUAAACUUACCAUAUCUUGGCAGAAAUUUUAAAAAAAAAUUCAAUGAAAAUUAUUUGUAGUGUAUUAGAUGUAGCAUUUAGGGGCAAUUUAAGAGGGCUGGCGUUUAAGGUCUGAAUCUGCUUCCCAUAAUUAUCCUUUCUUAUGAGUUAAAUUAUAUGUAGCUUCUCCCCUUAAUUGUCUUUAACAAUUAACAUCAAUAAAGUU